GGCUCAAUUGAUCUGCCGGGCGGGGUGUGAAACGUUCCUCAGGCGGGGCCUAGCCUGUGGACUGGCGGAGGGAGCACCACUGCAUGGGGGCAAAGACGGAGCCUGGGAGGCGAUCAGUAGCUUCUCGUAGCCUGGUUUGAAAAAAGGUUGUCCCUUAUCGGACCAAUGGAAGUGAGUGCCUGGACGGCUGGCUCCAAUGGCCCUACCGAGAUGUGCGGGGUGAUUCCCGAGAUUAACGGUGGGUACACGAGCGGCAAGUCGGGAUGGGGUAUUCUGGGCAAGAAGGUGAGGGUGACCCCCCACUGGAGUCUGGGUACCACGCUCACGACGGUUGAGUUGUGCUUGAGGCUAGGUAAAGGAAUAGCGAUGGAGGAAGAAAUCGAGGAUCAGCAGAGCAAAGGGAAUCAGGGCGCGAAUGGGGAUGGGGAACGAAACGAGGGAUCAGCAAGGGAUCGAGAGUCAGCCAAACUUGAAGGAAUCCGAGAAGACGGAAAGGACGCCUCAAGUGGAGAAAGCUCGGGGAAAGCUGGGGGUAGCAAAAGGGGACCUCAGGAAAACAGGGAAGGGGGAAAUGAUGUGAGAACAAGCCCUCGGAACUCAGCAGGAGCCACCCCUAAAAAGACGGAAGUCUCGGAUGCCAGUCGUAAACCGACAGAGAUAGAAAAGUGGACUGCAAAAUUUGGGGCAAGGUUUAUCGAGCAGAUGAUGGCCGGGGAUGAGGAGGACCCCCAGGGCGCAGGGUCACGUGAGGGACGCAGGACUGGUCAGGACGAGGCCUGGUAUGAGGGGAAGGAUAUGCCUAGCAAGAAGGGGAAGGACAAGAACGACCCCCCGACGGAGGGGAUGGAAAACGCUAUGACCCCGCCUGCCAUCGACAGCGGCACCAGCCGACUGCCAGCCUCGCCGAAAGUAACAGGGGCGUGCGAUGGACUCUGGAGCCUUAAGGAAAGGGUGCUAGGAUGGUUUGACCCAGAAGGAACGCCGAAAACCAGGGAGAAGCAGAGGGAAAGCAAGGAAGGGGAAGAGACCAGUGCAGAUGGAGAAGCGGGUAGCUCCGAAGGUGGUCUCAAGAGGAUAGUCACCACCCUCACCCGGGCACUAAAUAAGAACCAGGGAUAUCUCGCAGAUGCAAAGAAGAAACUCACGUUCGAUGGGGCAAACAUUAUGGAGUUUCUGAUAGACUAUGAAAACUUAGCAGCCUUACUAAAAUGGACGGAAGAGGAAAAGAUGGAGCACCUAGGGCAGCACGUGUCGCUAAGCUUGGGAAGGGACAUUAUGGCCAUCGUAGCGUCCCUCAAAGGCGAGAUCCUCGGACCCAGGGGAGAACGUGUCAAUUGGAACUCGCCAGAAGGGAUGCGGCGAGCCGUCAUUCUCCUGAAUAACUUAGAGACAGUUGCCGUAGAAGCAGAGCCGAUAGCCAAGAUUGUCUGGGACCAGCCAAGGGGACGGGGACCACAGGCCAAUUUUAUCCUAGAAGGCAAUGGGCAGGAUAGGGUAAAUAUCACUACCCGACGGGCUGGCGCGGAUAAGAAGCUCAUCCGAGAUACAGUAAUGGAAGAAGCCGCGGGGGCUAGUGCAGAGCAGGAGGAAGCUGAGGUCGGGGAACAGGAAAAGGUCUACGGAAAAACGAGGGAAGAAGAACCGGUAGACAAAGCCACGGCGGCAAAAAAGAAGUUCAGAUACCAGAUUCCGAUUCUGACGCUGCCGGAAUUAGAUGACACACUGAGCAAACUCCUGGGCACCAUGGUCUCAGUAUCCUUCCAGACCAUGCUGCAGGCAAGCCCGAGACUGCUCAAGGGCCUCAGGCAGCUAUUGACGCGUAGACGUAUAGAAGUAGAGGAGGCUCCGGAACCACAGGAACAAGGACCCGAGGAGGCAGAGGCGCCACAAGGAAUGCAAGUGACCCCUAUGGGUUUCACAAAUGCAGUAGCAGAGGUGCAGAGGAGGAUGCUCGUCGUCACAGGGGAUAUGUUUCCAGAGAAGUGUGAACCGUAUAUAGAUGAUAAUCGCGUAAAAGGAGCAAGGUACAAGGACGAGACAGAGGUCAAGCCGGGUGUGCAAAAAUUUGUCUGGGAUCACCUACAUGAUAUCAAGGAUCUCUUACAACGGUUCUUGCUUUAUAAUAUUACCGCAAGUGGGCCAAAGAGCAUCCUGGCUGUCCCGGAGGUAACUAUAUUGGGAUUUCGCUGUGGGGCCUAUGGGAGGAGACCCGACCCAACAAAGACAGAUAAGAUCUCUCAGUGGCCGACACCCCUGCGUACCACGACGGAAGUACGAGCCUUCCUAGGGGUGGUUGGAUUCUGGAGGAUCUUCAUCAAAGAUUUCGCAAAGAUAGCAGAACCUAUCCUCGCGAUGAUUAGGGAAGAUGACACUAUGGAUUGGACUGAGGAUAGGGAAGAGGCAGCCUUAACCCUCAAAGACAUCCUGUCAUCCGAUCAGGUCACUCUAGCAGCACCCUGUUUUAAUGACGAGGUAGGACGACCCUUCAUCUUAGAAACAGAUGGGGGACCGCUGUCAGUUGGAGGAGUAUUGAUACAGAGAAGCGAGGAGGGCAAGGAAAGGCCAAUCAGAUUUGAAAGUAGGACCCUGAAUUCGGCAGAACGGCGGUACUCACAGUUUAAGAAGGAGGUCUUAGCGAUUCUGCAUUGUCUUAAGACCUUCCAGGCAUACCUGCUCGGAAGGUGGAUAGGCUUCAUAUGGCAAUUCGACUAUAAGGUCGAGCGGAUUGCGGGGCUUCGAAACAGGGCAGAUGGGCUGAGCAGGGUAUGUAUCACACCAGAAGGAGUAGAGGACGAGGAACCAAUCGACGCCUUCCUGGAGUAUGAAGGAGUGAUCUUUGUGGUGGAUAAUGAGAUGGCAGAUCUAGCAAUUACAACAGGCAUGGUCACAACGUACUGUCAGACGUGUCUGAUAUGUCAAGAGAGGAGCUCCGUACGGGUUUACGAGCCCCUUAGACCCACUCGGGUACUAGGACCCGGACACCUUGUUCACCUCGACCUUGCGGUUAUGCCCGUAUCGACGGAUGGGUUUAGAUACAUCUUGGAUGCAAGGGAUAAUCUCAAUGGCUAUGUAGAGGCUGUAGCCCUCAAAAAGAAGACGGAAAAAGCGGUGGCCAAUUGGGUGGAAGAUUUCUACCUAAGACACCCCUUCGUGCGCAGGUUUAUAGCAGAUAAUGGGACAAAAUUCGUUAACCAGGAUGUAUUGAACAGGCUUAAGACACUGUGCGUACCAAUCAAGAUCACUGAACCCUACCACCCUGAGGCAAAUGCACCAGUAAAAAGGGGGCACCGGACCUUGAAAAACACAAUCGCUAAGCUUGCAGCAGACAACUUGGGGAACUGGUCACGGUACCUUAAGCAGACAGUCUUCUCUGAGAACAUGACACCAAAGAGAACGAUGGGAUGCAUUCCAGCGGAGCUAUGGUAUGGAAGGGAGAUUGACUUCCCAGUGGAGGCCCUCGUCCCUACUUGGAACAGGUUAGACGAUAAUCCGCACUUGACCACGGAGGAGUUAAUCACCGCACGUUGCCAGCAGGUCGCCAGGAAUGAGGAGGCAUUGGAGGAAGUMGUUAACCGUGUAACGGAUAACCGAAUGAAGGACAAAGCAAGAUCGGAAGAGGGACAGUCGUCAAGGCAAGCCGGAGAGUCAAGCUCCAGGAAAAGGAAGUUGUAUGUGGGGUUCGAUCACAACCUAGUUGUGAACAGGGGGGGCAAAAAACAAGGGACCAGAGGACCUUCACCACUGAAGGAAGGGGAGCCAAUAGAGUUGCCUUCAGAUAGUGAUCCUAGUAGUAAGGAAGAGGGGAACCUGGAAAAAAGGCAAAGGAUGGAGGAGGGGAACCCAGAGGAAGGACAACGGCCGGGAGAGAAUGAGCCCGUUGAGUUCAUUGACCUCACCAGCGACGAGGAGGAAGAUGAGGUAAGAACGCCCACAAGGGAAGAACGGGGAAGAGAGGACGAACCGGGUGAGGUAAAGGACAAAUGGAUAGAAGAGUUCGGGCCAACCUUCAACGACUGGUUUGACCAAUGGGGCACUAUCUUGCGAUUUCAAUGGAUAACGAAGGCAAGGGCAAAACUGGGCAGGGGAGAGGAUUUAUCCCCAACAACUUUUUUCACAGAGCAACACUCCUUCAGCUGCAAGAAAUAAAGAGGCAAAUGCAGCAGGAAAUGGAGGACCGUGCAAGGAGGGAGGCUCGACGCAGGCCACCUGGACAAUAGAGGUGUAGCAUGCGCAAUGAGAAAUAACUAGAAAUUGGAAGGGGUUGGUGUCUGGGCAGUCACAACCGCCAUUUUGGAUUUCGCCUUUGAACUUCUUUCUGAAUGAACUAUGAUGAGACAGCUGCUAAGCCCGAAGUGCCUAAAGGCUGGGUAUUGAAUGCUACUUCAUAUAAGUCGUUGCUUCUUCGGGAAUGGGCACGAGAGUUUUUUUCGCACUUAAAAGAGAACUGUGGAUGCCUGGGGUGGCUAAGGCAAAGUAAGGAGAAAACAAAGGGGCUUAGAUGAG